AUGGCAUCCUUCAGAUUCUGUACACAAUGUAAUAAUAUGUUGUAUCCUAGAGAAGAUAAAGAUGAAGCUAUAUUGUUGUAUGCUUGUCGUAAUUGUUCCUAUACUGAAUAUGCUGAAAACAAAUUGGUUUAUAGACAUGAAUUAAUUACUAAUAUUGGUGCAACUGCUGGGGUUGUUCAAGAUAUUGGUAAUGAUCCAACUUUACCAAGAAGUGACAAAGAAUGUACUAAUUGUGGGAAUCAUGAAAGUGUGUUUUUCCAGAGUCAACAGAAGAGGAAAGAUACAAGUAUGAUUUUAUUUUAUGUUUGUUUGAAUUGUAAACAUGUAUUCCAAUCAUGA